AUGCAAGACUUCGUAGAAGUCAAAGUCUGCGCGAAUCGCUGGACUAGUGCACGUGAACCCACAAACUCUGAGCGGGAAUGUGCGGCGCCCGAGAAAUUCUGGCCACGGAAACCCCUCCUUGACUUCAACCUCCCUACACCCAUCGAGGAUCGGCCAUCACCACCAACAAGCGUCAAGAUGGUCAACCUGCGAACUCAGAAGCGUCUUGCCGCGUCGGUCAUCGGCUGCGGCAAGCGCAAGAUCUGGCUGGAUCCCAAUGAGCAGAGCGAGAUCUCCAACGCCAACUCGCGCCAGACGGUCCGCAAGCUCGUCGCCGAUGGCCUCAUCAUCCGCAAGCCCGUCACCAUGCACUCGCGAUCCCGAGCCCGCGAGCUGAACCUCGCCCGAAGAGAAGGCCGACACCGUGGCUACGGUAAGAGAAAGGGUACCGCCGACGCCCGCAUGCCCUCCCAGGUUCUCUGGAUGCGCCGCCUGCGAGUCCUCCGCCGCCUCCUCGUCAAGUAUCGCGCCUCUGGCAAGAUCGACAAGCAUCUGUACCACGAGCUGUACCACCUGAGCAAGGGUAACACGUUCAAGCACAAGCGUGCCCUGGUUGAGCACAUCCACCGUGCCAAGGCCGAGAAGCACCGUGAGCAGAUGCUCAAGGAGGAGAUGGACGCCAAGCGCGCAAAGACCAAGGCUGCUCGCGAGCGCAAGGUGGAGAGGGCCACGGCGAAGCGGAAUGCCAUGAUGGCCGAGGAGUAG